AUGGUGGGGUCGGUAGUGGAGGUACAGUGGCAGGUUGUGAAGAUAAGAGUGGACGAUGGUGAAGGUGGACGUUGGCGCGCAGCAAGUAUGGCAGCGGUGAGUGACUCUGGGCAGUGGAGGAUGGUGAUGGCCAUCCAUGGUGGUGGUCGGAGUGAGGCUAUGAGGGUCGUGCAAUGGGCCGCUUUGGCGGAAUGGAGGGAUAAUGGUGCAGGCUCUUCAGUGGAGAUGGAGGCAUUUUUAGUACUCCUGCUUCCAAGCGUGGUGAUCCCAUUAUGGUACAAUACAAUUAAAAAAAUAGAGCAUGAUGCAAAACUGAGCUCUCAAAAGCUCCACACUGAAUUGCUUUCAGAGAUUAAAAGCACAGCAGAGCUGGUGCAUCCAAUGAAUGCCUCAGCUAUGAAUUUGGCAAAGGUUCUAAAUGCAUCUGUGAGCGGAAUGAAGCUUCCAUUCUCCGAAAUUAAGAACAGGGUGGCGCCCAUGUUGUUUCAGGCACUAUCCAUAACUCCACAUGUAUCACAAAUUUCUUAUAUUGGAAUUGAUGGCCUACUCUUCUCCUACUAUGCUCAUGGAAGCGAAAUUUUUGCGCUAUAUUCUAAUUCUUCAAUUUCUGUUAAUUCAAGUUCCCCGAAUGCUACUGCAUAUACAUGGUACAUCCAACGGGCAGAUAGUGACACAGGAAAGCUGUAUGGGGAAGUCAUCACUUCCCCUCCGCUGGUAGUGGUUAAUGCAAGCUGGUUUCAGGAAGCUAUGAAUAGUACCAAUGGAUAUUCUUCUUUAGGAACUGAAUGGAACAGUGUCCAAGAUCUUUUCCUUAACACAGCUAAGGUGGAUGGAAGAGGAGCUGUCUCUCUAGGGUUUCCAGUGAAAGAAGUAACUGAUUUCUUGUCUGUUAUUGAUCUUCAUGAUGGAAGCUUAUGCUUGGCUACAGAAGAUAAUAAAGUGCUCAUAGAAGGGCUCCCAAACACACAAAUAAUGGUUUCUAAUGAUUCCAUUUCUUUCAAAGUAGUAGAGAAUCAAGAUGGUGAUCAAAUAAGCCAUGUUGGGAACGUCUCGUGUAAGGCCGAUGAUAGGACACCAAAAGCUUCUGUUUUGAAUAUUAGCAACAAGGAUUAUGUAGUUUACUGUUCGCAGCUUGAAAUCAUGGGAGUGAAAUCGGUAUAUGCAUUGGCUUUUCCAUACAGGGGACUAGAGAGCCGUGUUCAUAAGAGCAGCAGAUCAGCACUCAUCCUUCAUAUAGUAAUGGUUGUCAUUAUGGUCAUCUUGGUUUCUAUGUUCAUGUUCUUGCUUGUUGGAGCAGCCAGAAGAGAAAUGUACUUACGCGCGAAGCUUAUAAAGCAAAUGGAUGCUACACAGCAAGCUGAAAGGAAGAGUAUGAACAAAAGUCUUGCUUUUGCGAGUGCUAGCCAUGACGUGCGUGCUUCUCUAGCAGGACUUACCGGUUUGAUAGACAUAUCUAAGGAUGAAGUUGCUCCAGGCUCCGAGAUAGAGACAAACUUGAUACAAAUGGAGGGUUGCACGAAGGACCUUUUGGGUAUAUUGAAUUCUAUUCUUGAUACCAGCAAAAUUGAAGCUGGUAAGAUGCAACUGGAAGAGGAGGAAUUCAACUUGGAAGAGCUUCUUGAAGAUGUUGUUGAUUUGUAUCAUCCUGUUGGUAUGAAAAAAGGCAUAGAUGUCGUGUUGGAUCCUCACGAUGGUUCUGUUGCUAAGUUUUCACGUGUUAAAGGCGACCGCAUGAAGCUCAAACAGGUUUUGUGCAACUUGCUAAGUAAUGCUGUCAAAUUUACCUCUGAGGGACAUGUAUCCAUUCGAGCUUGGGCUAAGAAACCAAGUUCAGAAAGUUCGGUCCUAGCUUCUAGCCAGAAAAGCAUGUUGAACCGUUUAUGGAGCUUUUUUUGCAAGAAUAAUGAAGCAUUCAAGGACCUGGAAGCCAGCAAUAAAGUCCAAAAAAACCCUAAUUGUAUGGAGUUUGUGUUUGAGGUGGAUGAUACUGGUAAAGGAGUCCCCAAAGAGAAGCAGAAGUCUGUCUUUGAAAACUAUGUUCAGGUCAAAGAAACAGCUCUUGGAACAGGAGGCACUGGCUUAGGCCUUGGUAUUGUUCAAUCUCUGGUUCGUCUAAUGGGCGGAGAUAUUGGAAUUGUUGAUAAGGAAAUCGGCGCAAAGGGGACUUGCUUCAGGUUCAAUAUUUUCCUUACAACCUGUGACACUGUUCCAUCUGAUCAUGGAAAGGAAGAGGACAUUGAAGCACAAGGGCAUGCUACGUCCAAUUACUCAUAUCAACCUCUAGAUUUGAGGAUUCAAACUACAUGCAAUCCGGGUUUGAAUAUUCUUACCUCGCCAAGGCCUAGUCCCAGGGCCGAGGGAUCCCAUGUGAUAAUCUUGAUGCAAAGUGAUGAAAGGAGAAGAAUCACGCAAAAGUUAUUUGAAACCCUAGGCAUAAAAGUAUCAGUACUGAAGGAAUGGGAGCGGUUUUUGUAUGCCCUCAAGAAGAUAAGGCGAAAGGCAAGCCUUUCACAUCGCAGCUCAUCUGGGAUAUCAGAAUUUAGUCCACGAAGCUUUAGAUCUGGUUCCUUCAGCUCUAAUGCCGGACCUAAGGAUAUGCCGCUAAGUGCCAUGGAUGGAACUGAUCUAACAUUGCCCACCCCAAGAAAGACCUACGCUAGAGGCACGCCGAGGUUCAUCUUAAUUCUGAUUGAAGCCACUGCUGGGCCAUUUCCUGAACUUUGCAGGGCUGUGGCUGAAUUUAGAAAAGACCUUCAGAAUACUUGCUGUCGGGCUGUUUGGUUAGAUAAACCAACUCUCCGCAGUGUCAAUUUCAGAGACGUCCCCGAGGAGAUGAUUUCGCCCAAUGAUCUAGUGAUGCUGAAACCUUUUCACGGAUCACGGUUGUAUCAAGUGGCUAAACUCCUCCCAGAAUUUGGUGGCCCAAUGCUGGGCAUUUCAGCCGUCUCACAGGUUGGAAAAGCAGGUCCAGAACCAAGCUUACCUUCGCUUCCAACUACUAACAGGACCACACCAAGAAAAUCCCGGAGUCGAGUACGCCUGGUUAAAGAACCAGAAAUACAAGAAGUUGGGACUUCAAGUAACCAAAACCCCUUGAGGGGGAAAAGGGUUUUGAUUGCUGAGGAUUCUGUGGUGCUGUGCAAGCUGGCUACGGCCCAUGUCACUCGACUCGGUGGAACCGUCGAAGCCUGUGACAAUGGAGCAAAAGCUGUGGAGUUAGUUUGCAAUGGUCUACGCAAUAAUACGAAGAAUAACGCCUCCAUCAUUCUUCCCUACGAUUACAUUCUAAUGGACUGCGAGAUGCCAGAAAUGGAUGGAUAUGAAGCAACAAAACGCAUAAGGGAGGAGGAACAGCAGUAUGGCGUUCAUAUCCCGAUCAUUGCAUUAACUGCUCAUUCAAAUGGGGAGGAAGCGAAGAGGACAAUCGAGGCUGGAAUGGAUUAUCAUUUAUCAAAGCCGCUUAAAAGGGAAACUCUGACGGGAGCCAUUGAGUAUAUGAACAGCAGAUGA